AUGUCCGGCUCCGGCUCCGGCGACCGGGAGGCGGGGCCCGCCUUCUCCGUGGACCUCGCGGCGGCCGCGCGCCGCCUGCUCGCGUUCCUCCGCUCGGGGGCGGCGGUCGGGCCGCGGUCCGUGCGGAGGUACGAGGAGCUGUGGAUGCCGCUCGCGGCGGGGGCGGGAGGAGGGGAGGCGCCCAUGCUGCUGCCGCCGCCCGACGUGCACCUCGUCUGGCUCUGCCACUGCUUCCACCAUGAGAGCUAUGCUGCUUACUGUGCAUCAAGGUUUGGACGCCUCAUCAACCGACCAUCCAUCCUUGAUGCUGACAAUGAAGAGUAUGCCGCUGACCAUUGUCGGGAUGUGUGGGCUGAGCGCUAUCCAUCGGAACCAUUUGAUCUUAGUGAUAAUGGGACUGAAGGCAACUGUAGUAAUGACAAUGCUGCUGGUGAAAUUGUCAAAAUGGUCCAAAGAUACGCUGGCCUAGCAGCACGCUUUGCCUCUCCGUUCAUCUCAGAAGGUGUCUAUCAUGUUGCUGCUAGGCGGCGAUACGUGCGUUUCCUUGAACUCAUCAAGAAAACUGUGAAUACAACCCAGUGUUGUACACGGUUUGUGCCUAGCCUGGACAUACUACUAAUGUGGCUUGCUCACCAGAGUUUCCCAGUGAGCUAUGCCACGGACAUGGCAGCAAUGGCCAUCAAGGACAAUGUUGCGAAAGUUGUGAUGGGUUAUGGGGAGGUGGUGAAUGAGGAUAUGAUUGAGAGGACAAGAGUAUGGUGGGAGGAUGCAUAUGAUGAACCAUACAAUACGGCUGGAUCAGAGAUUGAUAAGACAGAUGCAGACGCAGCGAGAGAAGCAUUCUAUUGGGAGGCGGCAGCCUCAGAAGAGGAUGCCAACCGGCUAUAUAAAGGGCUGCAACCUAGGUUCAUUAUGGAGGUAUAUGUCUUCCUGAAAGGAGAAUUUAACAGUGAAUACACCAGCAAGGAGUUCAUACGUUUGCGAACACAGAGGUGUCACAGAUCACUAAAGCUCGACAAAUCAGCGUCCAAUUUAUCCUGCAAAAACUGGCAAAAAACGUGGCACGUAUAUUGUGAGUUUGCAACAAGGGGCCUCACCAUUGAGGUCAGACGCAGCACAAGUGGAUGCUUCAGAAACAGCAAGCUCCACAAGAACAUUUCAUUCUCAUGGAGUGAUAUGUUGCAUGAAAAAUCUCUCAUGGUUACAGAGGAUCUUGAUGUUAGGAUGAAAGCAAUGGCAUCAAUCACACCUCCAGUUCAAGCACCAUACUUGUUGAAGUGUGUACCUGACCGAGUCACUGAUGAUGGUGGGGCUAUGAUUUCUGAUGUCAUAUUGCGGACAAGAGGUUACCGUCCACAAGAAGGACGGUGGUUGACUCGCACUGUGCUUGAUCAUAGUGGAAAAGAAUGUUUUGUCAUUCGGAUGAGAAUAGGCAGAGGGAUUUGGCGGAGAGGUGCUGAAACUCCCAUGGCAGUGAAACCGGAGGAAAGGAUCAUUGAGGUUAGAGAGGGCUCAUGGUCAUACAUUGAAAACGCAAGCUCCGUUGGUUAUGCUCCUGAAAAGGUGGUGGGAACAGCAACGCCAGAAAAAGAUCAACAGGACAGCAAGGUAGUUUGGCGCUUUUCAACUGGAGAUGUACUUACUGUAAACUUAGGAGAUGACUUAAACUUUCAUGUUCAAAAUGAGAGCUCACAAGAAGAGGCAAGGCUGCUUGUUGGGAGGAGAUUGAACUACAGAGUAAACAAGGAAAGCACAUCUAAUGACUGCAAUGAUGAAGAGCAAUACCUCACACUCGUCCGUAUAUCAACUGACCUUCCAGGUGGCCGAGCAACCAUGCUAUUAAACUGGAAACUACUUGCAGUAGAGUUCUUACCUGAAGAGGAUGCAGUUUUUGUCCUUCUCCUGUGCAUGGCAAUGGCACAAACCAUGACAGAGAUUAGAAGAGAAGAUGUGGCUGGGCUUUUGGUGCGACGAAGAAUAAGUGAACCAAGGGUAGGGCAGAGAGACUGGGGUUCAGUAAUGCUCCCAAACUCACCUUCCCUUGAUCCUCAUUUGCAGCCUUGGUAUCGGAAUGCUGCGCAUGUAUUAAGCUCAGCAGAAACAGCAUCUAACAGCGUGAUGCUUAUGAAGUAUUCACCUGCUGAUGGCAAGGAUGAGUUAUAUAGGAAAGCUCUUAUACCUUGAAGCCCCGAUGGAGAAUUGGAGAUGAUUCCUAUCAUGGCUUGUACAGGAUUAGUGUUGAGUUGGAGCUGUCAUUUCACUAAUGGUGCUGAUCUUUUUUACCGAUCUGAUUAUGGUUGUGAAAUAUGGUUUAUAACAACAGAAAAUUAACAUUCUAUCACAAAGAGGCUUGCUUUUUGUUAUUCUAACCAAGAAUUUGUAGUUUCAUGUACUUUUUGCUGGGAGAUGAAAAACUUCCAUUCCUUUGUGUACGUUGUAAUCUGAAGGAUUUACGGGUGCAAACUUCAGUUUCAGAAUACAUAUGUUUC